AUGUACGGCAACCGUGACGCCUCGCUGUCCGUGGCGUACAAGCAGGUAGACGGGCUCGACAUCCAUCUCGAUGCCUACAUUCCUAAGAAUAAGCCCGAGGACCACGCGCUGGAUGUCAUGUUCUACAUCCACGGCGGCGCCAUGACGGCCAUGGACCGAACAGAUGUGCCCCGCUGGUUGCCGAAAGAGGCAGAACGACGUCGAGCAAUCCUGGUCAGUCCAGACUAUCGUCUCUCUCCCCAGGCCAAGAUUGCCGACUCUUUUGCAGACGUCGCCGACGCUUUUCGAUGGACGUUCACCAAACUCGAGACCCACCUGCGUACGUUAGGACACCUCCGCCUUGCAGAGCGCAUCUCACGCCAAGCCAUGGCAUUUGGCGGCUCGGCAGGCGGAUGGCUCUGCCUACUGCUCGGCACCGUCGAUCACUCGUGGUACCUCGACAAGCUGCGACUGGGGGCAAUUUACCCAAUGACAAAUCUCACCGACGAGCACUACACGAUACCGCUGGAUGUGCCCGGUUCUGCGCCGAUCGAGCGCUCUUCCGUGCAGGCGUACAUCGAUGGGCCCAUCGUCGCGGGCGCACCCCCCGACUUUGAUUACGAGACGGGCGCGGUCACAGGGCGCCACCGGGCGGCGCUCUACAUGGCGCAGCAGGCCCAGUGGCGCGCGUGGAUUCUCGGCAGCGACUCACAAGAGGUGCUCGACCAGUGGGAUAUCCGGCUUCGUGUUCAGCGGCAGGGCUCCUUUCCGCCCACCUUUCUGCUCCACGGCGCCGACGACACGACGAUUCUGCCGUCCAACUCGAAGGACGUGGCCAACGCCCUUGCAGACAUUGGCGUACACCACCGCUUGCAUAUCAUCUCCACGGACACUUUUUCGACAUGA